AUGGCAAAAGCUGAAUCUCCAGCUGAUACACCUGCAGACUAUGACGAUGAGAGGCCAAAUCAUAUGAUAUUUUGGCUUGAUCCUGCUAUUGCCAAUCCUGCAGAAUAUCAACAUUUGAAAAAAGCCUUUGGAAGUAAUACUGAUCCGCGCUGUGAAAAUUGGACAAUGCUUCUGGAUAAAGAUUAUGACGAUCUACUCGCUAGUGAUAUUCCAAGCACGAUAGAAUUCGAAGGUGUCAUCUUUCUUCUACAAGCAUUUGCUGACGAGGAAAGUUGCCUCGCAGCUUUUGAAAAAAAUCAAGACAAACGCAUCUUCUUUAUUACUUCUGGACUAAUGGGAGAGAAGAUCGUACCAAAAGUUGUUGAACGCUACAGGCAUAUAUUUACUGAUCUUAUCACCAAUACGCCAUACCUAUCUAUAUAUAUUUUCUGUCAUAAUACUAUGUAUCAUGGAAAUUGGGCGGUCCAAUACGACGACUAUGUUCUAAUAUUUGAUUUCGAUUCGGACUUGUUGCGACGUAUGACACGUGAUAUUGCAAUAUAUUUUCGUGAACGAGGUGAAAGAAUGCCUAAAGAUAAUAAUAUAGAAGGUGCAUUGAAACAUUUACAUUGGGCUAAGAGGCUCUGGUAUCAGUAUGAAAAAAUAAAACAGGAUUAUAAAACUGAUUAUCCAAAGAUGGUGUCGGAAAGCAAACAAAUGAGAGAAAUCGAUGAACUAAUUAAAAGAACGGAAGCUAUGUUACCUAAAGGGUCUUCUUUGAACGAUCAUCACAGCAAUGAUCAUAGUGAUGGUGAAAUGGAUACCCAAGCCAGUGAACCGGGUGAAUGA